AAAAUGCUGAAAUACGAAUGAUACGCAUGCGUGAUCGUCAAUGUAAACCCUAGAAUCAAUCAUCAAAGUCCAAAUGCCAGACAACAUUCCCUUCGAACUCCGAGAGCUAAUCAUCAACAAGCUUCCAGUGGAACCCUUGAUUCGAUUCCGAACAGUCUGCAAAGCAUGGAAGUCCCUCAUCGACAGUUCCGAUUUCAUUCGAAAUCAUAUCACCCAACAGAAUCAGCAACAUCUGCUCUUAAGGUAUCACGACGCUGUUCAUCUCGAGCUAAAAUAUGUUUCAAUUGCUGACAAUGAUGAUGCUACUUUCCCCCAUCAUAAGGUUCCUGUUACUAUCCCCCAAUCGGUAGUUAAUAUGGUUCACUAUGAAAUAACAGUUGACAGUUCCCACGGAUUAUUGUGUUUGUUCGGUUAUUUCGACGAGAAGGCGGUUAUUUGGAAUCCUUCUAUUAGGAAAGCAGUUGAUGUUGUUCUGCCUAAUAUGGCUGAUUUUGAGAUUGAUGUGUAUAGAACUGUUCUAGGGUUUGGGGUUUGUCGGGAGACUAGGGACCCGAAGAUUGUUAAGCUUAGAAAAGACAUGGAAGGUGUGAUCCCGUGGCAAGUUGAGGUGUUUACGUUAAGCACUAGGGUUUGGAGAAGUGCGUAUAGCAGCAAUGUACCGAGUAAGUAUUUUUGGUUUGGUGGGGAACAGGUGGUUGUAGGUGGAGUUGUUUAUUGGCUUGCUAUUAAUAGGGUUGAUGCUGUAGGUGGGUGUGGGGAUUUGAUUGUUUCGUUUGAUCUGACAAGUGAAGAAUUUGGAGAAGUGAAGCUUCCGCAUAGAUUAGACUAUAAUAAUUGUCGUUUGUGUAUGUUUAAGCCAAGGGAGCAACUUGUUGCAAUUGAACGCUGUCCAGAGGGCUAUAAACCCCGGGUUUACCAUGUAUGGGUGAUGAAGGAUGGUGUUCCAAAGUUGUUUGAAAAGCUCUUCACUAUCAGUGGUCAUACACUGAAUGGAUCACUGGUUUCUUCUGUACAGUGAUUCAGGAAGACAGGUGAAGCUUUAAUCGUGCAAGCUAAUCCUGUGCAAGCUAUAUCUGGCUUCAAUAGAACACUUGCUGCCUAUGAACCCUAUUCUAAAGCCAUCAGUGAUCUUGGGAUUAAUGGAAGCUAUAUUUCUGUCUCUGUGUGUUCCUACACAGAAACACUGCUUCUGCUUUGAUCAGCUAAUUUAUGAAAAAGUUUCUGUUUUUCAGGUAUUUGGUGAAAAAGCAUUUGAGGAGUUGUUCAUCUCUGAUCAGCAUAAUAAAUAGUGUGUGUCGGUGUGGGGAAGAACUAGAGUAACAUAUGAUAUAUGGGAGUGAGUGAGAAGAUAUAUAAUAGUUAGUAUAGGGCAUGGGUGUGUGUCGGUUAAGAAAGAGCUUCAAAGUAUAUGGAUUAUGAUAUCAUGUCGUUUUGUAAAGAUGAUUGGAGUGUUUGCUGGAAUUUAAUCAUCCAUACCUUAACAAUUCGACAGUUAGGCUUGUAUAGCCUCCCAGGGGCGAUGCUUUGAAGGGGCCGGGUGGGGCGCCCGACCCCCCGAACUUUUCGGCCAGUAGUGUUAUAUAUGUAGUUUUCGUAUAGAAAUUUUUGGGUAUAUACGUUUUCGACCCCCCGUAAAAAAUUUCAAGCUUCGCGACUGUAGCCUCCUCAACAUGUUAGAAAAUAAAGAAACUAGUGAUGAGGAAACAACUAUACCCACUUAGCAAACAACUAGGAAAUAACUUAAGAAAUGCAGUACAAGUACAACAUGGGACAUGGAAACGGGGUGUAUGGGACGUGACGUGCAUGGGAUACGUAUCGGUCUAUUUGGUUGUUGUGAAGGAUUGGAUAAUCAAUCAAUGUUGUUUGGUUUGUAGGAAAUUGGAAUGCAGUACAUGAACUAAGGGUUUGACUUUGACUUUUACGUUUGUGGACCUUAUUUGUGUAGAAUCAACCAUGAAUUUGGACUGCCUUCAACUUUGAAU